CUUCGGUUCCGCCCCUCUGCCCAAUCCUCGUGCUAGCGCAGGCACUUCCCUGACGUUUCCCCGGAAGCACCGCCCCUAAGCUUCGGCGCAGCCCGUAGUUUGGCUCUUCAGUCUUGUAGCAAACUCCUAUAAUAACCCCCUCCUACCCCACACUCUUUGGUCGCCUCGUGUUAGUUCCCCGGUCCUGUCCUAUGCCUCACCGAGGCAUAUCCUUCUCUGUCUUCCUUUAGGGGUUUUCCCUGUCUUAUACUAAGAUACCGUUCCUUGUUCAGGACGCCCUUACCAAGCAGGGGCAGGAUCCAAAGGUUAAGUUGUGAGGGGAGGUCCUGGCCCUCGGCCCCACUUCCUGUCGCCCUCCUACCCACACACCAAGCCCCGGAUUCCCGCCUGUCCUUGAUGUGGGGUGCUUGUAAGUACGAGCCUUGUCUGCUUGCCGGGGUCGGUAUUUCCGGCAGCCCCGGACCGUCUCCAUUAGCCCUGCCCUUUCCGGGGCCGGAACCGUAGUACCAGAGCCCGUGUUUCUCAGCCGGCGGAGUGAGGAGAAAGCGUAGGCAAGGCUACGCUCACCUCUGGCGAAAGGAAAGGGGCGGACUCUUCGCACGGCAUUGUGGGAACGCGUGGCAUUCUGGGAGUGCAGGGCCCGCCAUUCGCUUCCCUCACGCCUUCGCGGUCGCAGCGUUUGGCCCAGAAUCGAAGAGAAGAAGUAGGUCAGCGUUUUUCGAGGCAUCCUGGCAACAGCCUUUGAAAUUGUGACCUCUUUCUCCGAAGUCCUAUCUGGGUCAUCCUUUUCAACGUCCUUUGCAUCUUGGCUUCCCUUGUCCUCGCCGGGACUGGUCCCCAAGUUGCUCUGCUUUUUUAAACUAACUCUCGUCCUGUCAAGAUGUCUAUUGGUGUGCCAAUAAAAGUCCUCCAUGAAGCUGAGGGCCACAUUGUGACUUGUGAGACAAACACCGGUGAGGUAUAUCGAGGGAAGCUGAUUGAAGCAGAAGACAACAUGAACUGCCAGAUGUCCAAUAUCACAGUCACAUACAGAGAUGGCCGAGUGGCACAGCUGGAGCAAGUGUACAUCCGUGGCAGCAAGAUUCGCUUUUUGAUUUUGCCUGACAUGCUAAAAAAUGCACCAAUGUUAAAGAGCAUGAAAAAUAAAAACCAAGGCUCAGGGGCUGGCCGGGGAAAAGCUGCUAUCCUGAAGGCUCAAGUGGCUGCAAGAGGAAGAGGACGUGGAAUGGGGCGUGGAAACAUCUUCCAGAAGCGAAGAUAAUUUUCUCUGUUGAACAGAACUUUGCCCUUUUUUCCUUUAGGUUAUCUGAAUUUGUGGGGGUGGGGUACCUGUGUGUAUGUCCUAGGGUUUUUUUUUACAGCUUUCUCUUUAGAUUAGAGGAACUAGUGAACUAAAUAAAUCUGGUUGGUUUUGGUUUUUGAGAAAAUAAGGAC